UGUUUGGCGCGAUUGUUUUGAAUUCAAACCACAACACGAUUUUCCUCGCAAUCCGUCAACUUUGUUAGUCGCUCUCAGCCGUUUAUUAAAAAAGGUUUUCCUUUACAUUGUUCUGUGAAAUUAAAAGUAAUAGUGCAUAAACAUGCGCAAAAGCACCGCACCAAGUCAAAGCUUGGCCCUCACUCCAGUGAACUCCGCCUUCAAGAGUCCCAUUUCGCUGUCCAACAAACGCACCCGAGAAUGUCGCGACCGUUCGAAGGACAAAAUCAAGGACACGGGACCACCCGCGCCCAAGAUUUCCGCCUCCGAGUACGAGCUGAUGAUCCAGAAAAUCCUGUCCCGGCCCUUCAAGGUUCCGAUUGCCAACUAUGUUCCGGAACAUACGACCCGUUGCUUGGGAAUGAAACGUCCCGCUGCUAGAAGGGCACUUCAUGACCCUUUCGCUUGUAAUGCCUUGGUGCUGUACACGCCGGAAGAGCUGACGGAACACGAUAAGCUGAAGUCCGAUCCAGGGAAGAUUCAGGUUCACGUCAUGGUCGAUCCCCUGCUGGGGAAUAUUCUGCGGCCACAUCAACGGGAAGGCGUCCGGUUUAUGUACGAGUGUGUUACGGGGAAGCGCGGAGACUUCCAGGGCUGCAUCAUGGCCGAUGAAAUGGGGCUCGGAAAGACCUUACAGUGUAUAACGCUUCUGUGGACUUUGCUGCGGCAAAGUCCGGAUUGUAAGCCUACCAUCAACAAGGCGGUCAUCGUUUGUCCGAGUUCGUUGGUCAAAAACUGGUACAAGGAGUUCGGGAAGUGGCUCGGAUGUCGGGUGAAUUGUUUAGCCAUCGACGGAGGCUCGAAGGAACACACCACGAAGGAGUUGGAGCAAUUCAUGGCCAACCAAAGUAUGCGCCAUGGGACACCGGUUCUGAUCAUAAGCUACGAAACGUUCCGGUUAUAUUCGCACAUUUUGAACAACUCGGAAGUGGGCGCCGUGCUGUGCGACGAAGGCCAUCGGUUGAAGAACUGCGAGAAUCUCACCUAUCAGGCUUUGAUGGGACUGAAGACGAAGCGGAGGGUGCUGCUGUCGGGGACACCGAUUCAGAACGAUCUGACUGAGUAUUACAGCUUGUUGCACUUCGUCAACCCGGGAAUGCUCGGAAGCACUAACGAAUUCCGUCGCCAAUUCGAAAACCCAAUCCUUCGAGGGCAGGAUGCAAACGCCACGGAAUCCGAGCGCCAAAAGGCAACCGAACGACUUCAAGAGCUGACUGCCCAAGUGAAUCGUUGUAUGAUUCGUAGGACGAGUGCCCUGCUCACCAAGUAUCUACCGAUCAAGUUCGAGAUGGUCGUUUGUGUGAAAAUGACUGAGAUUCAAACCGAGCUGUACAAAAGCUUCCUCCAAUCGGAUUCCAUCCGCCGGAGUAUGCUGGAGAAAGCUCAGGUGAAGGCCAGUUUGACGGCGCUCUCGAACAUAACUUCGUUGAAGAAGUUGUGCAACCAUCCGGAUUUGGUGUACGAGAAGAUUCAGGAAAGAGCUGAUGGGUUCGAAAAUGCCCAUAAGAUUCUUCCUAGCAAUUACAGCUCGAAGGAACUGCGGCCGGAGUUUGGUGGGAAACUGAUGGUUUUGGAUUGUAUGUUAGCUAGUAUCAAAAUGAAUACCGACGACAAGAUUGUCCUGGUUUCAAACUACACUCAGACGUUGGAUCUGUUUGAGAAACUCUGUCGGAAGCGUGGCUAUUGCUACGUUCGAUUGGACGGAUCAAUGACCAUCAAGAAACGGGGAAAAGUCGUGGACGAGUUCAACAAACCGGACUCGAAGGAAUUCAUAUUCAUGCUCAGUUCUAAGGCAGGUGGCUGUGGACUGAAUUUGAUUGGUGCGAAUCGGUUAGUGAUGUUCGAUCCCGAUUGGAAUCCAGCCAAUGACGAACAAGCGAUGGCUCGAGUUUGGCGCGAUGGACAAAAGAAACCGUGCUUCAUCUAUCGACUGUUGGCGACGGGAACCAUUGAAGAGAAAAUUUUCCAACGCCAAACCCACAAAAAGGCGCUCUCGAAUACCGUUGUAGACAACGAUGAGGACGGAGAGCGACACUUCACGCAAGAUGACCUAAAGGAUUUGUUCCGAUUGGACGAAUCCACUAUUUCGGAUACUCAUUCCAAAUUCAAAUGCAAACGAUGCGUUAACAAUAUCCAGAUGAAGCUCCCGCCGGAGGAUAGUGACUGUACUUCGGAUCUGUCCCAUUGGUAUCACUGUUCGAACAACAAGGGCAUCCCGGACGAUAUCCUGUCCAAGUCGUGGGACAUGACCAAGUGUGUUUCGUUUGUGUUCCAUCAUCGGUCGAACAGUGCAGUGGUGGAGCAGCAAAUCGCCGAACAGAAACGGGCUGAAGCGCUGAAAGGCAAGGAUGGAAAAAAGGGCGAUGAGGAACAUGUGGACGAAGUUAGCGACGAGGAUGAUGAUGAGGAAAAGGAGAACGAAGACUCUGGUCUGGAUGAUGAUGAUGACAAAGAUGAGGACUUUGUGCCAAGAAGGUGAUUCCACAGAGAUGUAUAUAUCAAUAAUUGUGUAAUCUAGUUGUUGCAUUCUGAAUUGAAUUUACAAGAAAUUCCUGGAACUCAGUAGCAUUAUUAUGUUGAUUAAAAUAUUUUAUCGCUUCUCAAAUAAGAAGCGCAAGGAUCGCAAAAUGAAUUUCUACUCUACUGGUGAGUCGCAAUUCGAUACGUUAAAUCUUGAUGAUCCUCUUCACUAGACUCGGAGCAUAUCGCUCCCAGCUUCACCCUAUUAUCAGGUAUCAGAAGUAUUGGAAAUUGUCUUUCAAUAAGUGGAAACAAGUACACGAGAAUACUGUAGAAACACAAAUUAACUUUAUUAAUCGGAAAUAAAACGAGAAUAAAUUCAGAAA